UUCCCCAAUCGCUGAUAUUCGUUGAUUUCCCGGGAAAAAAAAUCAUUAACCAAAAGUAGAAUUCCUAAUCCAUUCCUGAAAAACCCACCAAAAUGAUGACUCCAUAACACGUAAAAAACAAAUUUCAAUCUUCAUCUUCAUCCCCAAAUUCUCUGUGAAUUUCUCAAUCAAUUAUGAAUUCCACCAUGGAUCCAAACCCUACGAACUUUCCAAUCCUUUCAUACGUCAUGGCACGACUUCCUGCAUCAAUUUCAUCUCUUCGUUCUUCAGCAUAUUCAUCUUCUUCGCACGACAUCGAACAACCUCCAAUUUUACCAUCAUCAUCUUCUUCUUCAGCACAAUUCAAUGAUCCUCUUGUUGAAAGUAUGCCGCAUCUCAAAGAUCCGAAGAUUGUUUCUGCCAUGACUGAAGCUGUUUCCGAGAUUGCUCAAACUCGAUCGAUAUUGCAAGCUUUAGGUGAACGUCCUGAUCACGAAUCCAUUGAUAUUGCGAAAUCGAAAGUUUCUGAAAUUGAAUCGGUUCUCGCUUCUCAGCUUGAGGAGAUUGCGCUUUCUUCACGAUCGCCUGAUGUUGAUAAAGAAAAGGAGAAAUUGGAGAGGGAGAAGACGAUGUAUAAAGCUGUUGUUCAACUUGAUGAAAUGCAUGAUGCGUAUGAGAAGUUGUUGAGGAGUGCUGAAGAAAAACUAAUGAAGGUUUAUGAUUCUGCUGUUAGAGAGAAGAAAGAAGGAGGGGAGGAAGAUACGAUUGUUGAGGAAGUGAAUGAAGAAGUUGUUGCGAUUUUGAAGGAUGAGAAUGUUGAGAAGAUUGAUUUGUCAGGAAGGAAAUUGAGGAUUAUUCCUGAAGCUUUUGGAAAACUUCGUCAUCUUCUUGUUCUUAAUUUGUCCAGCAAUCAACUCCAGUGUAUUCCUGACUCUGUAGCUGGACUGGAAAGUCUCGAAGAGUUAAAUCUGUCCUCCAAUUCUCUACAAUCACUACCUGAUUCCAUUGGCCUACUGCUCAACUUGAAGAUUAUCAAUGUUUCUGGUAACAAGCUGACUGCUCUCCCUGACAGCAUCUGUUACUGCAAGUCACUGGUGGAACUGGAUGCUAGUUUCAAUAACCUCGCAUACUUGCCAACUAACAUAGGUUUGGAGUUAGUAAACUUGACAAAACUUUCGGUUCAAUACAACAAGAUCCGCUCACUUCCCACUUCCGUAGGAGAAAUGAAAUCUCUGCAACACUUAGAUGUGCACUUCAAUGAGCUUCAUGGGCUUCCUCUUACGGUUGCCAAACUAAAGAAUCUUAUAACCCUAAAUCUGAGUGGCAAUUUCAGUGACUUGAAGGAGCUGCCUGAGACAUUCAGUGAAUUAAUCAAUCUUGAAGAACUGGACUUGAGCAACAAUCAGAUUCAUGCACUCCCUGAUACAUUUGGCAAGCUGGAGAAGUUGAAAAAGCUCAAUUUAGAUCAAAACCCGAUCGUCAUUCCUCCCGUUAUGAUUGUGAAUGCUGGGAUUGAAGCCGUGAGGUUGUUCAUGACUAAGAGAUAUAGUGAUCUCCUAUUGGAAGAAGAAGAAAGACGCAAGCAACAAAUGCAAGCAGGACAAGAAACUGGAUGGUUAAAAAGAAGUGUUUCUAAGAUAAAUGACGUUGUUACUAAAGCUUCGGAAUAUCUGGGAUCUCCUCGAAGUCCCCAAGAUCCUAUCCUUGACCAGCAGCUAUGAUUAAGUAUGCAACUAACUCACUCCUUUCCCUUUACUUUUUUAUUUCCGAUUGUUUGUUUGAGCUUUAAGGACAUUGCUCAUUUAUAUGAUUCUGCAAUCAUGCUGCAAAGUCUCUUUCGUUUUUUCCGGUUACAUUUAAAAAGCUUCCUAUGUGUGGCCAUCCAGUCCUCGCCGAGAGGUUGCCCGUCUGUAUAGCUGAACAAUUUUGCUCUGUAAUAAGUUCUUAACUUAAGGCGUGCUUAUUUGCUUUUGUGCAAAGCGCUGACAAUUGCUAGUUGAUUAUUUUUGGGUUCAUGAUUUCUUAUUACAUAUGCUUCAGCUUAAUAAAGUAUUUCAAGUUGUUAACAA